UAUGUCUCCCCAGUGCCUCUCUCGCUCCGCACCGUUCUUCGCGCUAGUGGCGGGGCUUCUCUCCCGCGUCUGCUGUGGUAGACGUUUCUUUGGAUUUCCUCAGCACUCUCUGUUUUUCACGCCUGUGGGAGUAGACUGAGCAGAAGAAGAAGGUUCGUCUGUCUUUUUGGGGACGAGCGAACAAGAAUGCAGCAGAUUCCUGUAGCGAGACCCCAGACUGUAUUGGAGUGAGAUGCACUGACUCCUGGCAAACUGCAACAUUCCUUGUCAUCCUCCGCUCUCUUCCGAGGCUUUGGCCAGUCAUGCGGUUACUAUGGAAAAUCCUCCUCCUUUUGGGUGCUUGCCUUAAUAUGAGCUGCAGGUAUCAGAGUAAUGCCCUGGAUAUUCCACUUGAAGUUUUAGCACGUGUGAACAUGGAGCAGCUGCCCACAAUUACAGAGCACUCACCUGCCUCUCUGAUCGCCUUUCCUUUCGAAGAGAGCUUCCCCGUGAAGUGUGAGGCCACAGGAAACCCUGGAACGGAAUUCAGGUGGACAAAGAAUGGUCAAGACUUUGAUCCAUAUCAGGACCCCAGAUUGAAAACAUUAGAUGAUUCCGGAACAUUCAUCAUUCCCAAUAAUGGGAAUCUCACAGAAUUCCAGGGCAAUUAUCGUUGCUUUGCAACCAACAAAUUAGGAACAGCAAUGUCAGAAGAGAUUGAAUUCAUUGUUCCGAAUAUUCCAAAGUUCCCUAAAGAGAUCAUCGAUCCGAUUGAGGUUAUGGAAGGUCAGUCAGUCAUUCUAGAGUGCAACCCACCCAAAGGAAUCCCCCCACUGCAAAUCUACUGGAUGACAAUAAGUCUACAGCACAUCGAGCAGGACGAAAGAGUAUCAUUGGGUCUCAACGGGAACCUGUACUUCUCAAAUGCUAUUGAGACCGACAGUCGCAGAGAUUACUGCUGCUUUGCUGCCUUCCCACGCAUUCGAACCAUCGUUCAGAAAACUGCCAUGUCUGUUGUGGUCAAAAGCAACAAGUUAAUGAAGGACUCAGACUCUGGUAGCGGCAGAGGUUACGCAAACUCUCUCUUGGAGAGGAAGCCCAGUCUACUGACGCCCACAGGAAAGGAGUCACAUACAUAUCUGGUGAAAGGCGAAGAUCUUCAUUUGGAGUGUAUUGCAGAGGGCUUCCCCACACCAAAGGUGGAGUGGGUAAAAAUAGGUUUCCACAAGCUUCCGGAAAGGGUCGUGGUGGAGAGUCAUGGCAAGUUGCUUACUAUUGAGAUGGUGAAUGAGGAGGAUGAAGGGAAAUAUAUGUGCAGAUCCAAAAAUCCCCAUGGAGAGGUUGUGCAUUAUUUUCAUGUUACAGUAGAGGAGCCUCCUGAGUUUGAGAUUGAACCUCAGAGCCAACUGGUGACGAUUGGAGCUGAUGUGGUGAUCAAGUGUGUUGUGAAAGCAAAUCCUCAACCUAUUGUUGUAUGGAGGGUCAACGGCCGACUGCUGAACGAGGUCCCAACAUCCAAUAGGAAAGUCUUAAAAGAUGGCACCAUUUCCAUCCACAACGCAAAGCCCGAAAACAGUGCUGUUUACCAGUGUGAGGCCACAAACAGACAUGGCACCAUCCUAGCCAAUGCCAACAUCAUGAUUAUGAAUGUUCCGAAGUUCCCUAAAGAGAUCAUCGAUCCGAUUGAGGUUAUGGAAGGUCAGUCAGUCAUUCUGGAGUGCAAUCCACCUAAAGGAAUCCCCCCGCUGGAAAUCUACUGGAUGACAAUACGUCUACAGCACAUCGAGCUGGACGAGAGAGUAUCAGUGGGUCUGAACGGGAACCUGUACUUCUCAAACGCCAUCAAGUCGGACAGUCGCAGAGAUUACUGCUGCUUUGCUGCCUUCCCCCGCAUACGAACCAUCGUCCAGAAAACCGCCAUGUCUGUCAUGGUCAAAAGCAACAAGUUAAUGAAGGACUCUGGUAGCGGCAGAGGUUAUGCAAACUCUCUCUUGGAGAGGAAGCCCAGUCUACUGACGCCCACAGGAAAGGAGUCACAUACAUAUCUGAUGAAAGGCGAAGAUCUUCAGUUGGAGUGUAUUGCAGAGGGCUUCCCCACACCAAAGGUGGAGUGGGCUAAAAUAGGCUACCACGAGCUUCCAGAAAGAGCCGAGGUGGAGAGUCAUGGGAAGUUGCUUACUGUAGAGAUGGUGAAUGAGGAGGAUGAAGGGAAAUAUAUGUGCAGAGCCAAAAAUCCCCAUGGAGAGGUUGUGCAUUAUUUUCAUGUUACAGUAGAGGAGCCUCCUGAAUUUGAGAUUGAACCUCAAAGUCAAUUGGUGACAAUUGGAGCUGAUGUGGUGAUCAAGUGUGUUGUGAAAGGAAAUCCUCAACCUAGUGUUGCAUGGAGGGUCAAUGGCCAACCUCUGAACGAUGUCCCAACAUCCAAUAGGAAAGUCUUAAAAGAUGGCACCAUUUCCAUCCACAACGCAAAGCCCGAAAACAGUGCUGUAUAUCAGUGUGAGGCCACAAACAGACAUGGCACCAUCCUAGCCAAUGCCAACAUCAUGAUUAUGAACAUCCAGCCCCUGAUCUUAACAGAAAACAAUCUGCAAUAUAUGGCAGUGGAGGGGAAAGGUGUGGCCAUGCACUGUAAGGUCUUCAGCUCACCAACAUCCAGUAUUACAUGGAGUAAAACUGACAGUGCCAAUUCAGUGGAAGGAGAAAGGUUUUCUGUUCAUAAGAAUGGUUCGCUGGAGAUCCACAACGUGAUGAAAGAGGACAUGGGGGAGUAUUCUUGUUUUGCUCAAAACACUGAGGGCAAAGUUGCCAUUGCUGCAACACUUGAAGUCAAAGAUCCCACCAGAAUAGUCGAUCCUCCUCAUGAUUUGCGGGUUUUGGUCAGAACUACUAUCCAGUUUUCAUGCCAGGCAGAGUUUGAUCCCUCCAUUGGUGAUGACUUUGAGAUCCUCUGGGAAAAAGAUGGCAUGGCCCUCAAUGCCAGCGAGAACGCACGAUAUAUCCUGGACGAUGGAGUGCUUGAAAUCAUUAAUGUGAGCUUUGGAGACCAGGGCUUUUAUGCCUGUGUGGCCAGAACACCAGUCGACCAGGACAUGGCGGUUGCACAGCUUUCAGUUGUAGAUGUUCCUGAUCCACCAGAGGAUAUGAUCCUUUCAGAACAUAAUGGCAGAAGUGUGAAACUGCAAUGGAUUCCAGGAGAUGACCAUAACAGCUCCAUUACAGAUUUCUACUCGUUCUAA